AUGCGAAACGAGGAGUCCAUUUCACCGGCCAUUGCCGAGGCCCAAAGCCUGGGGUUGCAGAAACUGCGCCAGGGCUACCAGGAGCUGUAUGACGAAAUCGAUCGGCUUAGCAGUCAGAGUAUGAGUGGCCUAGUGGGUCCCGCGGAUGUCGCCGAAGCCAACAGACAGAAUAAAGAAGUUGACGAUCUUCUGGCGACCGCCCGAAAGUUUAUCCGCGAAACCAGGAGUUCCAUGGUGACGUACCACGACCACGGAGUGCAGUGUGAGCCGGAGUUGGGCAGAAGUAAAAUGGUCGCGACACCAUCAAGCUGGGUAGAAAAGCCGGAGCUGAAGGAAUCGUCCGGAGAGGAGUCCCUGCCGGAGAGAAAAACGGCCAUCAAGAUCGCCCAGAUCGUACCGAAAGGGAUCGUAGCACCGUGCAGCGAUCAGUCACCGUUGAACAACAAGGCUCCGGUUGGGCCGACGAAAGCAGUUCGGAAUAUUGGGACCAAUGUGAACUUUGUCGCUCCACGGGCUGCGAAAAGGACGAACCUUCACGGAUAUGUUAUACCGGCAGUACAAAGGCCCUGUAUGAAGUCGCAAACCGCUCCUUCGCAACGGUCGCCGGCUGUUCAGCCCGUCAUCAAGCCUUGCGCCAUUUCUACAGCGAAACCCUCCGGUGGAAGAAAAGCUAGCCAACCGUUACGCAGCACAUUCACCGAUGAUCAGUUUAAGAAACUGUUCGACCGCUUCCUGCUGAUGCACCCAGCAAAAGAAGCAAAAGAGGGUGUAGACGGUUCGGGGGAUCAUGCAAAGGAGGCACCGGAAGUGGAUAAAACUUCCAAUGUAACGAGUGAAUCGGUAGUGGCCGAGCUGGAACCAUUACCCGUCCCUACUGCUGAUCAACCAUUACCCGAGAAACUAACGAAAAAAGAGCUAGACACAGAGAAAGUUGACCAUACGGAGAAAAUACUUACGGAGGAAAGUGUGAUCCCAUCGGAACUGCUGGGCUUCACCACUGAAAUCUUGCCCAGUGUUUCGAUCAAGGGCCGUUGGGAUGCUAAUUUAAAAGUGCGGCAAACCAGUAACAUUGCAAUUGCGGAUUGGAAGGAAGACGAGAGAAAUAAUACGGUGCACGAGCAAAAUGUUAAGUACCUAGAGCUCAACCACGUUGUCCUGGCAUCGCAAACAAAGGUUGCUGAGACCGAAAAACCUACUCAACCAGUUACUGAGGGCGAAUCAGAACACUUUCGAGGCAGCUCGGAUCUGAACUUGCGAACGGAAGAACUGAAAGAUAAUAAUAAGGGCGCAAUCAACAUCAACAGUUCGGACACAAAAUGGCAACCCGGUCGCAAAUCUGUUAAAGUAAUCUCUUUGAAGUCCGAGGCACCGAAAAAGCAUUUCGUGCGCGUUCCAAAGUCCGCUUGUAAAGUGGCAGCAUCGCGGACACAAGCCACUAAAUCGAACAAGUAUCUAGAACCUUUCGUCGGCCUCAAGAAGGACUGUUCGGCUGACAAAUUAACUUCCAAAGCAGUGUUGGAGAUAUUUGACGAUGACAGCAGCACUAGUGAUGAUGAUGAUUUUGAGCCACAAAAAAUAAGAUCUCUAUUGAAGUUUAACAGUGAAGAUAAUAGCGAUUCAUCGACCGACAGAGAAGAGCGCCCGUUGACGGUCACUUCGAAAACUAAGAAACUCGCGUCGGUGACGACUCCAAAAACGGUUCAGUGUCAACGGAGCCUGCUGGAAGUAUCAAGCAUUCCAGCACUACGAAGCCCAUCAGAGAUGCAUCACGAAAAAAGUUCUUCGCCAUCGUCGGAAGCCGUGGAGUACUCUUCCGGUGUUCGUUCGGGUGGCAGGUUUUUGGAAAACUUACGUAUCUGGAAAUCGGCGGUCGAAGUGCAAUCGCAGAAUUUAAAAUUAGGCAACGAACUAACGGAGAGCCUGGACGUUCUGAAGGACAACAUAAGAGUCAUCCAAAGCCAAGCUACCGGCCUUGCCAAAAUGACACCAAAUUUUAAUACAGUGAAGAACUAUUCUACGGGCGAACCAAGCGUUUCGAGGCAUCGUGAACCACCGUUCGGAUCUACACCACCGCCGGACGUACGACCAAAGUCAUGUGAGUGUUUCGGAUGCCAGAGCACGUUUGACGAGCCAGUUCCACGCCCGACAACUAGUCCGUCGUACGAACAUAAGCAGCUUCAGCGGGCCGUUUUUGAACAAAAUCCACGGUAUGCACGAACGAUCAGCAAAAUCUGUAGCAUUGGCCACCGUGCUCAAUGGGAGCGAAGAGGUGAAAGCUCCGGAGAUGAUGCCGAAUUGGCAAAAAAGGCGGCGCACAAAUUCUUACAAUCGUGGCAAAAAGGACUUGCAAAGGAGGGCAGUAGCAGUAGCGGGAGUACACGUUGUUCCUCUUCGAUAUCGUUUCAUUCUACGGAGUACUCGUUAAAGCAAAGUGACGGAACACCAGUUGGUGGGCGCAAGCAUCUUGAAGCGUUCAGUGAGGCUGAGCUGUGCUCAGAUUUGGACAAUUUUCGAGGGAGCAAUUCGUCCUUGUUUGAGCUGCAAUCGUAUGAGGAGACCGAACUCAGUACGCAGCUGACGGUAGAGUAUGCGACGACCGAAGAUUCAUCCUCACUGCCAGUACAAUUCCGUAACGGGAGCCCUUAUUCCGACGAAGGAGAAGUAUUGAGUCAUGGCGAAAUUAAAUGA